GAAAGAAAGAAAGAAAGAGCUCGUGUGUGAUGUGUUUGUGUAUCUUCGGUUUUUUCCUCUCUUGAGUGUUUUAUUGAUUGUAAACACGGUCUUGUGUUGAGAUGUUGAUGAUGAGAGAUGAGAUGUGCUGUAAAUCAGUAGGAACUGAUCUGUCUAUGCUGGAUAUUGAGGAUUUCAUCACAGAAAUCUCUCAGCUGAAGAAAGAGGUGGCGUUACUGGAGACAAAGUUGAGGUUAAGAGGAGAUGAAGGACUGAAGAGAGAGGAUGUGGAUUGUUGUGAAUCUUCAGUGUAUUUGACUGAUGGACGUCUGGAUUCAGUGUGGAUGAGCAGAGAUCAGAGCCGCACACCACAGCCACUGCUGGACUCUAAACUCUCUGAAGAGAAAUCCAGACACACACAGAACUCAGAGCUCAGUCUCACUUUACUCGAUUAUACUGAGUCAAAGCCCACAGACACUCAGGACACUACAGUGUGUGACAGUAAACAGAGCUUACAGGAGGAUCAAACCUCCACAGAGUCUCUGGAUUUUGUCUGUAACGCUGGAGAACAUCAACAGAUCCUGCAGACCACAAUGAAGAUGUGUUCAGUUAAACUGGAGGACUGUGGGAACCUGAUGGUGGAGAUAAAAACAGAACCCACAGCAGAUGAAUAUAAAGAUAAACAUAGUGAUGGUCAGGAGUUUAUUAUCUCAGACGUGAAGAGUGAAUCAUGUUGUGAUGGAGAAAUAACGUCCUCAACACCAGAAGAGCGACUGACAGCACAAACUCAAGAGAAGAAACUUCAUUCAGAAGAGCAAAGAGAGACGAAGAAGAAGCCGUUUAACUGUGAACAAUGUGGGAAGGAUUUUGAUUUCUUAUUUCAGCUGAAAAGCCACAUGAAGGGACACAGUGGUGAAAAACCUUUCCACUGCAAUGAUUGUGACAAUUACUACGGCAGCAAAAAAAGUCUUAGUUUGCAUAAGAGAAUUCACAAAGAGAAACCGUACGAGUGUCCUCACUGUGACAAGACAUUCAACUACCAAUCCAAUAUGAAGAAACAUGUGCGUUUACACACCAGUGAGAGACCGUAUCAGUGCAGUCAAUGUGGAAAAACCUUCACACAGUCAUGCACUUUAAAGUCACACGAAAAAACACAUGAGAGAGUUCACACAGGAGAGAAACGUUAUGUCUGCAGUGUUUGUGGGAAGAGUUUUAAUCAGCAUAAAAAUUUAGUGAAACACCAGAGAACUCAUACAGGUGAAAAACCUUACAAAUGUUCUCAGUGUGACAAGACGUUUACUCAGUCAGGUUACUUAAAAAUCCAUGAGAGAAUUCACACUGGAGAGAGACCUUAUCACUGCAGUGUUUGUGGGAAGAGUUUUAAACAACGUGAACAUUUAGUGACACACCAGAGAACUCAUACAGGUGAAAAACCUUUCAAAUGCUCUCAGUGUGACAAGACGUUUACUCGUUCAAGUUCCUCAAAAAUCCACGAGAGGAUUCACACAGGAGAGAAACCUCACCACUGCAGUGUUUGUGGGAAGAGUUUUAAUCAGCAUAAAAAUUUAGUGAGACACCAGAGAACUCAUACAGGUAAAAAACCUUACAAAUGCUCUCAGUGUGACAAGACAUUUACUACAUCAAGAUCCUUAAAAGUCCACGAGAGAAUUCAUUCUGGAGAAAAACCUUAUGCCUGCUCUCAGUGUGGUAAGAGCUUCUCUAAUCCAGGUUCUUUGAGUGUUCAUCAGAGAGUUCACACUGGAGCGAAGAAACCUCAUCACUGCAGUGUUUGUGGGAAGAGUUUUAAUCGGCGUCAAAGUUUAGUGAGACACCAGAGAACUCAUACAGGUGAAAAACCUUACAAAUGCUCUCAAUGUGAGAAGACGUUUACUACAUCAAGAUCCUUAAAAGUACACGAUAGACUUCACACUGGAGUUAAACCUUACGUCUGCUCUUACUGUGGAAAAAGCUUCUUUGAUCCAUCUAAUUUCAGUGUUCAUCAGAGAGUUCACACUGGAGCGAAGAAACCUCAUCACUGCAGUAUUUGUGGGAAGAGUUUUAAUCGGCGUCAAUGUUUAAUGAGACACCAGAGAACUCAUACAGGUGAAAAACCUUACAAAUGCUCUCAAUGUGGAAAAACCUUUACGCAGUCAUUCUCUUUAAAGUCACACCAAAAAACACACUCUCAAGAGAAACCCUAUACAUGUUCAUACUGUGAUAAAUGUUUUAGGUUUAAAUCUAAUGUGAUAGUCCAUGAGAGAGUUCACACAGGAGAGAAACCUUACGUCUGCAGUGUUUGUGGGAAGGGUUUCAAUCAACAUGUAGAUUUAGUGAAACACCAGAGAACUCAUACAGGUGAAAAACCUUACAAAUGCUCUCAGUGUGACAAGACGUUUACUCAAUCAAGCUCCUUAAAAAUCCACGAGAGAAUUCACACUGGGGAGAAACUGCAUCACUGCAGUGUUUGUGGGAAGAGUUUUAAUCUGCGUGAACAUUUAGUGAUACACCAGAGAACUCAUACAGGUGAAAAACCUUACAAAUGCUCUCAGUGUGACAAGACGUUUACUCAAUCAAGCUCCUUAAAAAUCCAUGAAAGAAUUCACACUGGAGAGAAACCUCAUCACUGCAGUAUUUGUGGGAAGAGUUUUAAUCGGCGUGAACAUUUAUUGAAACACCAGAAAACUCAUACAGGUGAAAAACCUUAGAAAUGCUCUCAGUGUGAGAAGACGUUUACUACGUUGAGUUCCUUAAAAGUCCAUGAGAGUGUAGAGUAGAGUGUGAUGUUUAUCGCCUCUACGAUGAAAAAUGCAGACAUGGUUUUAUGUUUCCUUACCUUUCCGAUCUUUAUAGUCCUGCUGGUAAAGUUGAUCCCGUCUUCUGGGUUUUCUGGGUCAAGGAGCAUCACGUUUAUGUAAAUAAGGUAUUCGGUCAAUCCCAACACACUGGAUAGCUGGCCAAUCAGAUCACACUGCACUCUCUCAAAACAAUAAGCUUUGUACGAAUAUUCAACCUGUUUAUUACCUGACGUUGAUGCAUAUUGGGUAGAAAUAUAUGCACAGUCUCUUUCCACUGGGACUGGAAGUCAAUACUGUAAUAUAAAAUUUGAAAUGACAGAGUUAAUGUGAACAUGUUAAUGUAUCAUAAUUCUCACCAUAGAUCUCCAUCUCAGGACUUCAUAAAGCUGUACUGGAUUAAAGUUGUUUAAUUUUGUAAUAUU